AUGAGUACGAAGCGCCGCUCCGUCCGGGGCAAGGAAACCCGCUUCGGGAAACAUUCUAUCCGGCGCCAUUCCAUCCGGAGACCUUCUGUGGUCUCCUUUGACGGACAAGACGGAGGGGAAGAUGAAGAUUUCAUGCAAAUAUAUAAUGAAGAAGAAGAGGUGUCUUCGGAGGAGGAAAUUUUUGAAAACAUUAAACUUCAGAAAGAAAUCAUUGAAAAUAUCCGAACUCAACCUUGGCGAAUACGAAAAAAAUUACAGGUUCUACGCCUGGCAAAGGACUACGUGGAAAAAUAUGAAGGUCGUCUUUCAAGAAGUCACGGGUAUCAAGAGAAAGGUGCAAAGGCAAUUCGACGUAUAAAACGAGAGUUCCUGAACUUCAUUGCCAUCUUUAUUCCAUGGGAAAUGCGGGUAAAAAAGAUCGAAAGUCAUUACGGUUCUGUGGUAGCCUCGUACUUUGUCUUCCUGCGCUGGCUGGUAUGGAUUAACAUAUGGCUGACGUUACUUCCCAUUGGUUUCAUCAUGAUACCAGAGGUUAUUGCUGGUAAGCCGUAUGGAAGCACAAACCGGAAGACGAUACCGAAGGACGUCGAGGCAGAAGCUUAUAAUUUGAAAACUAUAUGGGAUGCGGAGGGCGUGGUUCAGUAUUCGAUUAUGUUAUAUGGUUACUAUGGAAAUGAGGAAACAAUUGGAGCUGGAUAUCGAUUACCACUGGCCUAUUUCUUGACAGGGAUUGGAUCAUUUGCAUUCAGCUUUAUUAUGGUCUUACGACAAAUGGCUACGAAUGCUCGCAUGAGUCGGUUAUCAUCAAAAGACGAACAGUUUACUUUUGCAUGGAAAAUGUUUACGUCGUGGGAUUUUAUGAUUGGUCAAGCAGAAACAGCCAAUCAAAAAUUCGCUUCUGUGGCAACAACGUUUCGGGAAUCGAUCUUAGAAGAGAAGGAGAAAACCAAGGAUGAAAACAAAAAACUGAUCAUCUUUCUGAGAGUUGUGGCGAACAUCCUGGUCUGUAUAUCUCUGGGGUUGAGCACGUGGGCUAUCCAGACGUGUGUGCAAUUGUCGCGUGAGGUGGAUAUCAAAAAAAGGCGAGAGCAGUACCAACCUUCAUUCUGGGAAGAAAAUCAGGUGACAGUUAUCAUGACAACGAUAACAACUCUUUUCCCAUCAUUGUUUGACCUCAUCGCACUUAUGGAAAAGUAUCACCCUCGAGUCAACCUUCGAUGGCAGCUCGGAAGAAUAUUUGUGCUGAACCUACUGAGCAUCUACACUUUGUUCAUCGCUCUUUUCUGGAAGCGGCAGGAUCUGACAACGGAAAUAGAACGUCAGCUUCUGAACUCCACCACAACGGAAUGGAGGAAUGUAACCGUUCCUUGUCCAACGGAAAAGACGACAUCUGCCACUUCGGGAGUAACGGAAGUUGGAGUUAGUGCAGCUGUACUGUUGGGAGAUACCUUGUUUGGGAAUUUUUCAAACAUAAGCCUCGCUCAGAACUGCACGCGACUAGAGUUACAUAAUGUGACUUUGGAAAUUGAUUCAGACCUCUGCUGGGAGACAAGCAUCGGCCAAGAAGUGUUGAAAUUGACCAUCUUGGACCUCGUGUUCACGGCCGGGAACGUCAUCGUGGUCGACUUCCUGCGUGGUCUGUGUGUCAGGUACACGAACGUCUGCUGCUGCUGGGAUCUCGAGAAACAGUUUCCUGAAUACGGAGAGUUCAAAACAGCCGAGAACAUCCUCCAUUUGAUCAACAAUCAAGGCAUGAUCUGGCUUGGGACAUUCUUUUGUCCUGGACUACCUCUGAUUAACCUGUUAAAGCUGUUGAUGUUGUUGUACAUGAGAAACUGGGCUGUGAUGGUGUGUAAUGUCCCUCAGGAUCGCAUCUUCAGAGCCUCCAGGUCAAACAACUUCUAUUUUGCUAUGCUUCUAGUCAUGCUAUUCCUGUGUACAUUGCCAGUGGCGUUUGCGAUGGUGUUGAUGAAACCAUCACCCAGCUGUGGCCCCUUCAGUGGGAUGGAUUUUAUGAUGGACGUAAUCACCACGACGAUGGACAAAGAGCUACCGGAUGUAGUGAACACUGUCUUGGAUUACGUUGCUUCUCCAGCCGUCAUAAUACCACUCUUCCUUCUUCUCUCACUGGGUAUAUACUAUUUAAUUGCCCUAAGUCGAGCUUUGAGGGAGGCGAAUAACGACCUCAAGAUGCAGCUGGAAUACGAACGUACAGACGGCAGGAAGAAGGUGUACGCUAUGGCAGCUGUCAAAGAUGGUGAUGGAAGCAGCGCCAAUGCAGUGAAAGGUUUUGGUGACAAAUCCAAUGGCGGUAAAGGUGGUCGAUCUGGGAAAAGAAUGGCAGGGGCCGCUACACGUAUGUCUAGAAUGUUAUCGUCUACUAACCCACCACCAGUGGCCGUCGUCAGGGGAAAACCAUCUUAUCCAAGGAGGGUCCCACCGUCUGUGGCCCCCAGACCAAGACGCCCUCUACCAGGAAAUCCACAAGGCACUCGUCAAAGUCUGCAAAACGUGACUUCGAGACUUCUUCAAAAUCGUGACGAAAAUGCCGUCGAGUCACGUGGUAGACGGAACCUGCGCAAUUUGGCAAUGAUCGCAAGGAACAGCGCCACCAGUGAUCAGUGGGAGUCAACUCUGUCAAGGAACGACAACCGACAGUCAUCCCGAACAGAAGAAACCAGCCGGGUCCCUCAAACGAAAGACCGAUCCAGAGGUCAAGCCCAAGCGAAUGUCAGGAACGGACGACAAAGGCAACAAAAACAGCAGCAGCAACAACAACAACGCAGACAUCGUUCGAGAAACGCCACAAACGCUCAGCCAGGUUUUGACGCCAGCGGACGUCGCUUUGCCGGUGAGUUUAUCGAAGAGGAUGACGCAGCGCCUGAGGAUGAGUUUUCACGGUAUACUAGCGAGGACCUCCAGCAGUCAGAGCGGCUGUUGAGAGACGGGCGGAGCGUUGAUUCGGGUAUACACAUAGAGAACAACAUCACUGACGAAGGAUACGAAGUCCAACGUCAGUCGUCGUCAGGACAAAGGCGACGUCAGUACUUAUCCGUGGGUGACGAAGACGACUUUGACAGCGAGGAAGAGGAAGAAGACGAAAGAAACGAAAGCGAAAGUGAAAGUGAAACGGAUGAAACCCAACUGGAGAAUGAACAAGCCGCCACCAGUGGUACUAAUGUCACAUUUGUGGAUGAGACUAAACGCCGUGUUAACAUUCCGGGGCCCACUGAAACCGAAGGAAACUCUGGAGUGAAUAUGUCCGAUCCGAGCUUCCAUACAAACGCUGUUUACGAGGAGGACUUUGACAGCGAUGAUCUAGACGAAACUCCCGAAGGAAUCCUGUCUGCGAGUGGUCAUCUUAUCCCGAGAAUCAGAGUGACGGAUUUCAGCGAUGGUGCGGCUCAAGAGAGCAACGGGAUUGCACCCGAGGGAGGAAGUGACGAACCAACCAGAAAUCUCGAUAUGACAGAAAGUGACGGACGGACAGGAAAUGACGAAUUGACAGAAAAUGACGCCCCAGAGGGUGUCAUUGAUGAGGAAGAUACAGUGGAGCAGCCUCCGCCCGUUAAACCCAAACCGACCAACUGGCGAUCCCGACAGAGGACGGUAGAGCAAUCCGAGGAGGAGGAGUUGGAUCUGGGUCCCCCUAUCGGGCCGCCAUCUCAUCAACCCCCCAGGACUGGCUUGUUCAAGGCUAUGAAUGUUUUCAAAAGAGCAGCAAGGACCCAGAACCGGUCACGUGACAUGCCCAUCGUGUGAGAUGACGAUGUCCACAGCACACCACGGGGCGCUCAACUUUUGUUAUUCAGAGUAUCUUAAAGUUCAGGAGAAGCAAUUACUGGAUAUAAUCUCAUGACUGGUGUAUUCUUAUCGUUGUUAGUCUAAUAUUGUUAUUUGUACACGUUUUCAUAACUACGAAA